AACCUGGGAGUGUCAAUGCAGAAGCUCUUCAGUACUCGGCAACAGCUGCAAGCAGUCGCCCUUAACUUCAUGCGGAGCCGCUUGUCCGAGGGACUCGCAAUUCUGCUGUCAGCAUUAAACAUGGCCAAAGUGAACGGCGGUUCCUCCGGUUGUCGGGCCGUGGUGAUGGCAGGAAAGUACCUGUCGAGCCCGUCAGCCCCGGCACUGAACCGGAGUUCCAGCCUGCACCAGCGGAAGACGGUGGACAUGCAGCGGCGGCGCGCUAUGAGCUCUGACGCGGCGAGCACGGUAGGAAAAACCGCGGCUUUGGCCCAGCAGGAGAACCCGGUGUACCUCUCCGCCGCAAACCGACAGGUUCGGGCCAACCGGCAUCUGAUUUACCGUGACGUAAAGGCCUUUCUGAAUGAAGUCGGCGGAGAUCCCAGGGAGGCUCGGUACUGGCUGACCCAGUUCCAGAGAGCAACUAAGGCCCAGUCUCCUGCUUUUGCUGUAAUGGAGGUGGACAGCUCAGUGUUUGACAGCAGGGAAAUGGUUCAGGACCUGGCCUUUGGGCUCUCCUUCCUUCAGCGAAUGGACAUGAAGCCUGUUGUUGUGAUGGGUCGGUCUGAUUACGAGGAGAUGGGUCACAUGAAACCGGUGGCUGGAUCUAGUUUAACCCAAGAGUUUGUAAAAUGGAGCCAACAGCUUACAGAAGCCCUGCAGCAGCACUCAGCUUCUGUCCUGCCACUCUUCUCCGCUGAGUCCUUCCUGUUACUGCAUGAAGCCCCACGUGGAAGCAGUGCUGCGUCCUCUGUUGCCGUGGACACCAGCCUCCUACAGUGGAGUCUUGACUGCGGGACAAUCCCUUUGGUUUGUCCGGUCGGAAGGGACGGGCGAGGUUGCUCGAUAAUGUUGGACCCAACCGAGGUGACGGCCGCUAUCUCUCGAGCCUUGCAACCCCACAAGGUCAUGUUCCUGAACAACUCAGGAGGCCUCUGCAGCCAACAACAAAAGGUGUUGGAAACAGUAUCAUUCCCCAGUGACCUACCCAGUCUGUCCACAGCCGUGUGGCUGAGUGCUGCAGAAAAGCGCAAAGUGUCCACCAUAGCCAGACUCCUGAAUCAGCUGCCGACCGAGUCGUCUGCUGUGAUCACCUCCGCAGACACUCUGCUGAGCGAGCUGUUCAGCCACAGAGGGUCUGGGACUCUCUUUAAAAACGGAGACCCCAUACAUAGGUACACCUCUCUGGACGGGAUCGAUCAAGAGCGGCUGUUGGCUCUCAUCAACAUGUCGUUUGAUAAAACUUUGAGGGAAGACUACAUUGACUCUCUGAAAGGAAGACUCUACUCCAUCUAUCUUUCUGAAGGGUACAGCGCGGCAGCCAUCAUCACCAUGGAGCCGGUGAACAGAGGCACUCCCUAUCUGGAUAAAUUUGUUGUGAGCAGUAGUAAGCAGGGUCAGGGCACCAGCCAAAUCCUGUGGGAAUGUAUCAGACAGGACCUGGGCAAACUGUUCUGGAGGUCCAGAGCCACCAACAAGAUAAAUCCCUGGUAUUUCAAACACUGUGAUGGCAGCUUCGUUAAUGGAGUGUGGACUGUCUUCUGGUUUGGUCUGACAGACAUCAGAGAUUCCUAUGAGCUGGUGGAGUACGCCAAGGCUGUCCCUGACUCUUUCUAUGCCUCUUCACUGACGCCCUCUCUGCAGCCCCCUGUUCCUACCUCAGCAUCCUAACCUUACUCCUGCUGGAACAUUUUUUUC